AUGUUUUGUUUUUUUAAAACUAAAUUAUAUCGAUUUUGUCUUGCAGCAACCGUUGAUUGUACUUUUGCUGUAUGUACAAUGGAUCUUAAGAUCUGUCCAGAUGGUACACCUGUGCCAAUUCCUGUUGAUGAAUGUUGUCCAAGCUUGAAAGCUUGUGCUAUAAAUGGUGACGCUCGAAGCAAUCCGUUGGGUUCACUUGGUUCCAUUCUAUCCGGUAGCAAUCUUUUACAAUCAUUGACUACAGCUACACAUGGUAUAAAUUUAGGUACAGCUAUAUCAAUUUUAAACUUGCUCAAUAAUGUUCAUCAAUUAUCAAACGAUAUUCAUCAAAUUCCUCUUUUGAUCAAUCAAACACUUGUUAGUAUUCUCAAUGGAACAGGUCAAGCUAGUCAAAUAAUCAUUGAUCAAUUGAUUGGUGCUGUUAAUAGUGUUAAUCAUCAAACUGCUACUAGCCGAAAUCUUUUGGAUACUCUUGGUUAUAAUGGUAACUUACUAUCAAGUAUUACUCAUAUUAAUGAUAUUCAUCAAAUUCCUGUUUUACUCAAUCAAACUUUAAGUAGUAUUGUUGGUGGAGCUGGAGAAGCUAGUAAAAUUGUUGUCCAACAAUUACUUAAUCUUGCUGGAAUUCAAUCUCAAAGUAUAAGCCGUAAUCUUUUGAAUACUCUUGGUGAAAAUACUAAUUUAAUUUCAACAAUAUCACAUCUUUUACCACAAGGUACAUCAAUUUCAACUAUUGUUUCAUUAUUAAAUUUGUUGAACAAUGUUAAUGCUAUAAAUAAUGAUCUUCAUCAAAUUCCUACUGUUCUUCAAGAAACAUUACAACAUCUUCUCACUGGUAUUCAAAAUCUUGUACCACCACUAGUUCAACUAGUACAAGGAUCAUCAUAA